GACCAAGUACUCCAGAAAUUCUUCUAGAAGAGGAAAACUCCUCAGUGAUUAUUCUUCCUCCAAAACAACCAGGUGGUCAACUUUUGAAUUGCAGUUUAAUUAUGGGGCAAGAACGCUGUGACCAGAUGUACAGAGAAGAUGAGUACGUGACCUGCCCUUUUCAAGACAUUCAACCAGGAGUAAUCAUCAAGACUCAAUCAUGGUGUUGCAAUGUGAAUUUUUGUGGAGAGAAGGCAACAAAGGAAUUGGCAACAAUGCCUGCCCCUGUGUUUUCUGGAUCUAUAUCAGUUAAAGAUACAACUAAUACAUCUAUAACCAUUACAAUACCACAGAUCAUCAAGGAAGGAGAUGGUACCAGCAACUGCUUCAUUUUAGUAGAACAUGUGAUCCAAGAUGGCGAGAGAGUUCAUGACCUUCAAGCAGAAGCCAAAAUGUUAAUUGGUAGAGACAAACGGAACCAGAGAUACAAAGGUGAUGGGCCUGUUUGGAUUGCUGGUAAUAUAUCACGGGUAAGUAACUUGCAUAUUUACAGAAAUGGCUGUUGAAUAAUGUCUUUUGAAUGUUACAUUAGUACUUUACAUGCUUAAUGUAAUUCCCAUAAUUUGCAUGAUCAUCCAUUACAUUUAAAUCAUGCCAAACUACUGCUGUUUACCAUGUAAUUCCUGAUACGCAUUUAUUUCUAACAGUCUCGCCUUUUGUUUUACGAAGUUCAGUUUUUUCUAGUUUUCUGGAAGUAUCAUUCAGUCUGUGACCAACUCAUGAGUGAUCUUUGUAGUUAUAUUGUUGGAUUGUUUGACUUCAGAAGUUUAGAUGGAUGCAGAUGGCUUUAUUCACGUUAAGCAGACUAACAUUAGCCUAGCCUUUAUGAGGGUGUAGUGCCAUCAGUGUGCUUCAUGUGGUGCACUGUAGGCAUUACAAGGUCUAAAGGUUUGCAGUGAACCUUUGAACCCGAGCUGCACCCACUUUUAGUCGUUUACUUUUCCUCCUCUCCUGCUUCCUUACUUCCAGCUUGCUUUCCAACCACUCCUAUUCCCUCCUUUCACUGUCUCGAGCCCCAGUGCCUGGUUCUGUAGCUGAAUAUUCAUAAAUCAGGUUCAUGGGUUGAGACAUUAGUCUAAUUUCUUUAGAUAUAAAAAGGUUUUUAACUGGUUGCACAUGCAAUUGCUUUUUAAUUAGCAGACUCAUAAGUCACGGUGUGCACUUGUUUUUUUAACCUUUGUAUUGUAUGAAAAUUGAGUUAGUAUUACUUAUGUAUUUCCUUUUUUGAGCAGUGGCACUUUCCUUGUGGGGAGGCCUUUGAUUUGUAAUACAGUUUGUGUAUCAUUUCAUUAGUACUUAUUUCUUCUCCGACCAUAAAGUUGCCAUGCAUUUUACUUUGCAGAAUAUAAUAUUUUAUAACAUGGUUUAAAAUCUGACUUGACUUAUAACAUUUUAAAUGAUGAACAUGGAAUAAUAAAAAUGCAUCCCAACCUUUGCUAUUUAGAAGAUUUCAGCUAAACUCCAGCUGGUUGGCCCA